AUGGAAUUUUGUAAUUGUGGAUUUGAUUGGGUUGGGGGUCCUCCUAAUCUCUAUGAUAUAAGUGGAAGUGCACACUUCAUAAAUAAGUGUGACAAUGGAAUUGUUAUUCACCGAAAUCGGGAUCCUGAAGUUGGGCCUAUGGACCAAGUACAGGUAUGUGUUCGAAAGAGUUUCAUUAUACUGGAGUACAUGAUCGGGGAUUAUGAUGAAACUUAUCGUAAUCUCUUCACUCUUAGUGUGAAUAUAAUGGAUAAAGUUGGCUCUCUUGCAAAAGAUUUUAUCCUCAUAAACCCUUCAGACUGUGCUACUCCAGUGAAGCACUCUAAACUAGAAAAGUUGAGGCAAGAUGACAAGUGGGAACAUGAUUUCUUUAGCUAUGGUGAACCACGGAUCACUAAUUGCAAAGUUAGAGCUCAAGAUCUACAUCUCAAGCUUCAAAGGAAAGGUCUUCAAUCUGCAUCUCAGAGCGGAAAGAGUUAUGCUCCAAACAUGCGUGUUCUCCGUGAAAGGCUAACAGGAACAAUGACAGUACAACCUACAAAUGUCGAUCCGCCAAAAUCAAAAGUUGCUAAACCAAGCAGUAAAAAUGUUGGUGUUGAGGUCCCUGCAUGUCAGUUUAGGUGUCCUCUCAUGUCUUGUGGUAAAGUGAUAUGGUUGAACAGUGACAUGAAUGCAGAAAGUUAG